AUGAACAAACGACGUGAUUUGAGUGUGGAAGAAAAAUUGGAUGUUCUUAAAAAAUAUGACGAGCUCCCGAAAAUGAGCCAGCGACAAGCAGCAUGUAAGUUAAACGUGUCUCAAAGUUUACUAGGUAGGAUGCUGAAAAGUCGACAGGAAAUCGAGGGAAAUGCAUUAGAAAAUGUGAAUUCAAACCGUAAAAGAAAAAGGGCCGGUAAAGAAGAAGAAGUUGAAGAAGCUUUGAAACAAUGGUUCACAAAAGUCAGAGAAAAAGACGCCCGAGUUACAGGACCACUGUUGCGUCAAAAAGCCGAAGAUCUCGCGAAAAAAUUGGGUAAAGAUGAUUUUGUGGCAACAGAAGGUUGGUUUCACCGAUGGAAGAAACGCGAAAACAUUUCAUUCGUUAAGCCACAUGGAGAACAGGGAGAAGCAGACCAAGUAGCUGCGCGGUCGUGGAUUAAUUCAGAAUGGCCAUCUCUUAUCGCCAAAUAUCCUCCGUCUUGUGUGUUCAAUGCGGAUGAAACUGGGCUUUAUUUCAGGGCAUUACCUGAGCACACUUACGCGUUUAAAAAUGAAAAAACUAGAGGAACUAAAACUAGUAAAGAACGUCUAACCAUAUUAUGUUGUGCAAGUAUGGAUGGUGAAAAAAGAAAACUGCUCGCGAUUGGUAAAAGUAAAAAUCCCCGGUGUUUCAAGGGUGUUAAGAAUCUACCGGUAGACUAUACUGCAAACAGUAAUGCAUGGAUGACAAAAGAAAUUUUCACCGAAUGGCUGACCAAGUGGGACAAUGAACUUUGUCAUGACGUUUUAUUGCUAGUCGAUAAUUGCACGGCUCAUGUGGUUACAGUGAAAUUCAAACAUAUUAACCUCGUAUUUUUACCCUCUAACACUACAUCAAUCAUACAACCGUGUGAUCAAGGGAUUAUACGCACUUUUAAAGCUUAUUACAGAACAGGCAUGAGAAAGAAUGUGAUCAGUGUGAUUGAUUCUAACCUGGAACAAGAAUUAUGUACCUUACGUGCUCAUGAAAUCGCCAAAAAAAUAACUGUACUUGAAGGUUUACAUUUAGCCUACGAAGCGUGGAAUAUGGUCAGUAAAAUCACAAUACGUAAUUGUUUCCGACACGGUGGUUUCAUUCUCUGUCCAAAAGAAGUUGAAGCUGCUGUCGAAAAACCCACUGACCUAUCAACUGAACUUUAUAAUGAAUGGAUAAAUAUUGACGAAGAAGUCCAAACUACCGAACUCGUUACCGAGGAAGAUAUAUGUGGGGAAAUACAGUCAAAACGGUUUAAAGAGAAUAUGGUUGGUGAUAGCGACGAAGAGGAACCUGAUGAGAAACCACCAUCAACUAAAGAAAUGCUAGAAGCGCUUCAAAUUUUACGUAGAGGAAUUCAGCAAAGAGGCGAUUUUGACGUAUUCGAGAAACAUAAAUCUUAUGAAGAUAUGAUUAUGAAGUUGGCCGAAGAAGCAAAAAUCCAAUCAACAUUAGACGUAUUUUUAUCAAAAAAUUAA